CUGCUACGUGUCGUUUCACGUUCAAAACAGAUUUUCUGUGCAGGUAACACUUUGAGAAUGACCAGUAACAUCAGCAUUAAUCCCGCUGUGUAUCCAGUACCUCGCAAAGAUGCAACGAUCGUUGAUGACUUUCACGGAACUAAGGUUGCAGACCCAUAUCGUUAUUUGGAAGAUCCUGAUGGCGAAGAGACUAAAGCUUUUGUUGAUAAACUCAAUGAAAUCUCCAAGCCAUUCUUGGAUAAUGCCGAAAGUCGACAAGUCAUGCACGAAAAAUUGUCUGAAAUGUGGAACUACGAGAAGUUCGGAUGCACAACCAAGAGAGGCAGCUUCUACUACUAUCAGCACAAUUCGGGACUUCAAAAUCAAUAUGUGUUGUACCAACAGAAAAGUUUGAAUGAAAAGGGCUCGGUUUUCUUAGACGUGAAUGAGAUUAACAAGGAGGGAACAACGUCGCUCAGAACAUCUGCUUGGACUAAAGAUGGAUCUAUCUAUGCUUACGGCCUGAGUGAAAAUGGUAGUGACUGGGUCACAGUUAAAUUCAAGAAAGCUGAUGGUACUGAUCUAGAUGAUGUCAUCACAGGAGUGAAGCAUUCUGGACUCUCAUGGACUGGGGACAAAUCUGGUGUUUUCUACUGCAAAUAUCCAGAGCAUGAUGAUAAAAUUGAAGGAACUUCCACUCUCAAACACGAAUUCCAUUCUCUUUUCUACCAUAAACUAGGAACUGAUUGUAAGGAAGACGUCCUUGUUUACGAAAGACGCGAUGAUCCUAACUUCAUGAUUGAUGGAAGUGUGACCGAUGACGGAAAAUUCUUGAUCAUUGGAGUUUCUCGUGGAUGCGAUCCAUAUAAUAUGGUUUAUUAUUAUGACUUACAAGCCGUUGAGAACAAGAUUACUGAAAAAAUCAACCCCGUUCCUCUGUUCGAUCAGUUCGAUGCUCGAUACGAUUACGUGGAUCAUGAUGACAAUACCAUUCUUUUCCAAACGAACAAAGAUGCUCCCAUGUUUAAAUUAGUCCGUGUUGAUCUUCAAAACCUUAAAAACGUUACGGAGGUUGUUGCUGAGAAAAAAGAACAUACUCUAAGCUGGGCUACUCCUCUGCCUGGAAAUCGUCUCAUGCUUUCUUAUCUGGAAGACGUGAAGAGCACUUUGUAUGUUCAUGAUUUGAAUACAGGAGAGAAGCUUUAUCAAAUCCCGUUGCCAAUAGGAAGCAUCUCUGGGUUUUACUCUAAAAAGGAAGAGAAUGAAGUGUUCUAUCAGUUCGAGUCUUUCGUUGUGCCAGGAAUAACUUAUCACAUGAAUUUUGAGAACGUCGACAAGAAUGAAAUUCCUAAAAUUGAGGUUUUGCGUAAAGUGGGCUUCCCCGGUUUGGAUGAAAGUAAAUUCAAAGUUGAACAAGUUUUUUACGAGAGCAAAGACAAAACGAAGGUUCCCAUGUACAUCGUCUCUACUAAGGAUAUGGUGAAGAAUGGAGAAAAUCCUGUGAUACUCAACGGCUAUGGAGGAUUCAAUAUCGCUGACUCUCCUUACUUCUCAGUCAGUCGGUUGCUCUUUAUUCAACACUUCGGAGGUAUCAUUGCAUGCGCUAAUCUUCGUGGAGGAAGCGAAUAUGGAGAAACCUGGCAUUUCGCUGGAAUGAGAGAAAACAAACAGAAUGUUUUUGAUGAUAUGCAACAUGCCGCAAUGUUCUUGAUUGAUAAGAAAUACACGAAUUCUUCAAAACUUGCUAUUCACGGAGGUUCCAAUGGAGGUCUUCUCAUGGGUGCAUGUUCUCAGCAACGACCAGACUUAUUUGGAGCAGUUAUUAAUAGAGUCGGUGUUCUCGAUAUGCUUCGGUUCCACAAGUUCACUAUUGGUGGCGCAUGGGUGCCUGAGUUCGGAAAUCCUGAUGAAGCUAAAGAUUUUGAAUUCAUUUACAAAUAUUCUCCCUUGCAUAAUAUCAACUUCCCCGAUGGCGGCCAAUGGCCCAGCACUCUCCUUAUGACUGCCGAUCAUGAUGACCGUGUUGUUCCUAGUCAUACACUCAAAUAUGCUGCAACACUAUUAGAGAAGGCUAAGCAACAUCCAGAACAAACUAACCCAUUAUUAGCUCGAAUCGAAGUAAAAGCUGGUCAUGGUUCUGGAAAGCCAACGGCCAAAGUUAUUGAAGAAUGUGUCGAUAUGUAUUGCUUCCUCGAGAGAGUUCUUGGCUUGAAAUGGCAACAGUGA